AUGAAUAUCACUCCAGUGGGACCACAGCCUAGCCGGCUAACCUGCCCAUCAUGUCAUGCUAGCAUAGUUACCAGAAUAGAAACUAAAGCAACAACAAAAACCCACGUCAUUGCUCUUGUUUUAUGCUUAUUUCUGUGUUGGCCGUGUAUUUGCAUACCUUACUGUGUGGAUUCUUGCAAAAAUUCCGACCACUAUUGCCCUAACUGCAACGCAUAUCUCGGUACCUAUCAACGAUAG